AACGGCCACAGCGACGGCGAGAUCGCCCAGCCCGGCGCCGUACCGGUGCCGGGCGGCGGCCGGCGCGGUCGCGGCGUCACCGAGCGGCCGCAGCAGAGCCCCAGCGAGAAGGUGGGCGCUUGGCUGCGCGCGUGCCCCGAGGACAGCAGUACCAGCGCCGAUGAGGAGGAGCCGCCCGAGGAGCCGCGCGGGCGCGAGCUGCCGCCCGACGAGCCCCAGUUCCCGCUGGAGGAGGAUGAGGCGAGCGAGCAGCAGGACAGCUCCGAGCCGGACGAGCAGAUGGAGGACGCCCUGGCCGACGCUGAGGUGCUGGACAUCCGCGGGCUGCUGUCGCGCGGCUGCCGGCUGCUGGACCUCGAGCCGGGCGUGGCUCUGCAGCCGCCGGUCGCGGCCGCAGCCGACGACGACGAGCGGCCCGAGCCGCUGGUGGACGAGCUGGAGGGCGCCGUCGGAGGUGAGGUGGAGGGUGCCGUGGCUCUGCACGUGGAUGGCGCCGACGCCGACGACGAGGCCACCUCGACGAGCGGGACGUCGUCCGAGUUCGUGUCGCCCGAGCUGCUGAAACGCAGCACCUCUCUUAAGUCGGGCAAGACGCCACCGCAGACGCCCGGCCGCAAGAAGUUCGUGCGCUUCGCCGACGCGAUGGGCCUGGACCUGCAGAAGGUGCACACGUUCCGUGACGAGAUCCCGACGGUGCCGGCGGCGGCGUUCCGCGGCCUGGACGCGGACGUGUGCGCGCCGCCGCCGCCGCCGCCCGCCACCUUCCAGAUGACGUUCGGGUCGGCGGCGCUGGGCGGCGGCGCGCCGGGCCGCCACCUGGUGGCCAUGUUCCUGCAGCCGGGCGGCAGUCUGGGUUUCCUGGACCGGCUUCAGCACGAUCGGGUCAGCCUUGAGAACGUUGUGUGCCGCGACGACGACCUGUCGGUGCGCGGCAUAGUGCGAGUGCUCAACAUGGACUUUUGCAAGGUGGUGCGCGUGCGUUACACGCUGGACGAGUGGCGGACCAGUGCGGAGACGCAGGCCGAGUACGUGCCCGGCUCGUGCGAUGGCCUGUCGGACCGGUUCACGUUCACACUGUACGCCAGCACGCUGACGCCCGGCCAGCGGCUGCAGUUCGUCGUGCAGUUCGAGUGCCAGGGCCAGACCUUCUGGGACAACAACGGCGGCCAGAACUACUCUGUCCAGCUGAUCAUGACCAGCACCAGUCCGACGACUGACGACUUCGGCGGCUGUUUUUAUUGAGCCUCCGCCGUCGCCGCGGCAGCAGCAGCGGUCACGUGCAAUGCUGUCGCCCGCGCCGCCCUCCCGUGGCGGCGGCCGCAGGCAGCGUUUCCCGCCACGGCUGUGGUGCGGCGCGGCGCAAUGCCAGUGUGCCAGUAUUCAUCGUGCGCGUCUCACAACAGAUAUGUCGCGGGCGGAGUUAGAGAGGUUGGGUCAGUCGCCCGUCCAGUGAGUGCGCGGGCAACUGCGUCUGGGCGUAGCCACGGGAGAGUUGUUUUUAACAUUUGCCUUCGGUGGUCGACGCCGCCUGCCGUCCACUGCUGUUCAGGAAUGGCCGUGGCGGCGAGUGGGCGGCGCGGCGCAUGGCCACUCGUCUUUGCCAGUGUCUGAGGGGCUGCCAGUUGUCGGGAUGAUGUGCUUUGCAGAAUAAACGCUUGCAUCGUG